AUGCUUCUCUCGUUACCUGCCUUACAUCUUCAGACCUCCGAAUACCAUCCUCUCUUCCAGCUGCCACACGGAAGGCUCGGACCAUGGUGCAGUCCCACCGGCUCCCCUGCCCCCCUGUCCUGUGAGACUGGCUGCGGGGAGGGAUCAUGGAUACUUGUCUGCCGGCUUCUGGUUCCCACGCAAGUAAGCCUGCUGUCAAUGGAGGAGGACAUUGAUACCCGCAAAAUCAACAACAGUUUCCUGCGCGACCACAGCUAUGCGACCGAAGCUGACAUUAUCUCUACGGUAGAAUUCAACCACACGGGAGAAUUACUAGCGACAGGGGACAAGGGGGGUCGGGUUGUAAUUUUUCAACGAGAGCAGGAGAGUAAAAAUCAGGUUCAUCGUAGGGGUGAAUACAAUGUUUACAGCACAUUCCAGAGCCAUGAACCCGAGUUCGAUUACCUGAAGAGUUUAGAAAUAGAAGAAAAAAUCAAUAAAAUAAGAUGGCUCCCUCAGCAGAAUGCAGCCUACUUCCUUCUGUCUACUAAUGAUAAAACCGUGAAGCUGUGGAAAGUCAGCGAGCGUGAUAAGAGGCCAGAAGGUUACAAUCUGAAAGAUGAGGAGGGCCGGCUCCGGGAUCCUGCCACCAUCACGACCUUGAGGGUGCCUGUCCUGAGACCCAUGGACCUGAUGGUGGAGGCCACCCCGCGAAGAGUGUUUGCCAACGCACACACAUAUCACAUCAACUCCAUAUCAGUCAACAGCGACUAUGAGACCUACAUGUCAGCUGAUGACCUGAGGAUUAAUCUCUGGAACUUUGAAAUAACCAAUCAAAGUUUUAAUAUCGUCGACAUUAAGCCGGCCAACAUGGAGGAGCUCACGGAGGUGAUCACAGCGGCCGAGUUCCACCCGCAUCACUGCAACAGCUUCGUGUACAGCAGCAGCAAAGGGACGAUCCGGCUGUGCGACAUGAGGGCGUCGGCCUUGUGUGACAGGCACAGCAAAUUUUUUGAAGAGCCUGAAGAUCCAAGCAACAGGUCAUUUUUCUCUGAAAUUAUCUCUUCGAUUUCGGAUGUGAAGUUCAGCCACAGUGGGAGGUAUAUCAUGACCAGAGACUAUCUGACUGUUAAAGUUUGGGAUCUCAACAUGGAAAACCGCCCUAUUGAGACUUACCAGGUGCAUGACUACCUCCGCAGCAAGCUGUGCUCCCUCUACGAAAACGACUGCAUUUUUGAUAAAUUUGAAUGUGUGUGGAAUGGGUCAGACAGCGUCAUCAUGACAGGCUCCUACAACAACUUCUUCAGGAUGUUCGACAGAAACACCAAGCGUGACGUCACCCUGGAGGCCUCGAGGGAAAACAGCAAACCCCGGGCUAUCCUAAAACCGCGGAAAGUGUGCGUAGGGGGCAAGCGGAGAAAAGACGAGAUCAGUGUCGACAGUCUGGACUUUAGCAAAAAGAUCUUGCAUACGGCUUGGCACCCUUCAGAAAAUAUUAUAGCAGUGGCGGCUACAAAUAACCUAUAUAUAUUCCAGGACAAGGUUAACUAGGAGGACAAGUUAUUACUUAAUAAUCUCACAUACUGAAUACUAGUCAGACAUGUUUUUAAAUGUUUCUUUGGGUCUUCAUUUGAUGCAUUGACAUUAAUUUCCCUAUGCAGAAAACAAUUGGAAUAGAAUUAAAAGGAGUCCAACUUUCCCAGAUCCCCAGUUCUAAGAAACUUUUGUCAAACCCAAUAGGUUCUGAGACAUUUCUGUUUAGAAUUGAGAGCUGCCAGCUAACACUAAUUCUCCAUAGUUGACUUGAAUUUCUGAUGCUUUUCUUGCCCGGUUUUCUCUGGUGGGUCCAGUGUUUUGUUUCUAGGUGUCUGCUGAGAUAAAAUGAGGUUGUCUGUAGUAUUUAAAGAGAAAAGAGAUAAGUUUUUUUUAAUUAAGCAAUUCCAUUUGAUUGAAAAAAAUCAACAAAAAAAUAAACACCGUUUACUCUUAGA